AUGGCCCUUCUGGAGCGAUCUCGGCGUGUGAGUCGAUCUGAAUAUACAAGGGAUUACUACAGAGUUGGGUCCGGAGUCGUCUCUCCAGUGACAGCAGCCCAAGAACAGCCAUAUGCCCCGGCCGUGCAGCCUAGAACACCGGCACAGGUUGGAGGCGACGCCUGGAUUCCCUCGCCUCCAGUCAAUCCAGCGGUUUGGCGGGCAUCCCACAGUGCAAAACUUCAUGAUGCUCAUGCCAAUGCAUCAAAGGCUCAGAGGACACGCGAGGAGAACAAACGAAUUUGUGAAGAAACAGACAAACUAACAAGUCAACACCGAGCUGAGGUCGAGAGGCGGCUGGAAGACCGAGUGUGUGACGUCAGUUUUUGGAGGGAAGAACUUGCUACACGACACACAACCAUCGACAAAGACAUCGCCGUCUUGAAGACCAUGAAGGAGAGGCUGGAGAAGGCAAAUCAUCUCUAUGUCCAUCCUUUAGAAGUGGCUCAUCAGUGUCUUAAUAUUAGACGUGAACGAACAGGCGUUGAAGAGGUUGAAGACGAGGCAUCCACAGCCCUUCGUCAGGAGAUCACGGAAAUAACAAGGUGCAGAGAUGCAUUAGACAGAGCCCUAAAGGAUACUAUUAAUCAGAUAAGACGAGACCUUUCCUGCCGGUACCACCUGGAGAAGAAUUUGCAAGACAAGGACCACGCUCUUCGAGUGGAGGAAGCUACGACUCAUCUCACGCCCACCCACGAACACACUGCUAUCAUACCACAACAGACGGUCGAUCCGAGUCCCAUUUCCGUCGAAUGGUGGAGAGAAACUGGUGUAAGGUUAUUAGCAAGAGCUGACAAGGAGCAUGAACUGUCUGAACAAAUUACAGCAAUUGCCGAAGACAUCCUCACGGCUACUGCAAGGCACAUUCGAGAGCGGGUUGACCACACUAACCAUUGCAUGCAAGAAAGGAUCAACGAUACGAGACACGCCAAAAAAAUGCUCGAAGAGCAACAUGCUAAGGUGGUUGAUGAGGAGAAUCUUCUGGUCCAGAGCCUGGAAAUGGUGGAGGCAGAACUCGAGGCUAAGAGGGGGCCCCUGGCACUUGCCCAGUCCCGCCUACAGACACGCACGGCUCGGCCCAACAUGGAAAGGACCAGGGAUGAGGUGGAAGCUUCCUUACUCCGCGAGGUGGAGGAACUGGAACUGAGCAUAUCUCGUUUGAGUCAAGCAGCCGACCUCUCUCGGGAUCAGCUCCAGAGGCUGAGGUCAACCAGGGUCACCUUGGAACACGACAUUAAUUUGAAGGCUAGAACCAUCCUCCUGGAUGAGGUCAGAGUCAUGGGAAUCCGGAACACCGUCAAGAUUGACGCGUAUUAAUGUAUACGACCUGGAAUGGAAAAGAUGGGUGUUUUUAGUGGUGGCAACUCUCAGUAGUGAAUCUUUUCAUAAUUUUAUAAGACUAAAAGUUUUACAUUUGUGAUAUACAGGAUUUACUUUGCUAACGAAUAUUAAAGAUGACUUACCAUUUU